AUGGCCGACGCUCGCCUGCUGGAGGAGCUCGAAAAGUUCGCUACGCGGCCGGAUAUCCUAAUCAUGGGCAACUUUAACGCGCCCCAUAUUGACAGGAGCUCAACCCAUGCAAAUAGCUCGGAACAGACCUUCGAUAGGAGUUUUCUGAACACGGCACUGAAGCUAUUUCUCACUCAACACGUCAUGCUACCAACCAGAGUACGCGAAGGCCAAAAAGCCAACUGCCUUGAUCUUGUCCUUACGAAGUCACAGGACAGCAAUGAUGAGGUGUCAUGCCUACCCCCCUUAGGUAAAAGUGACCACGUCGUUCUUCUAUGGGAUUACUCGCUUUUUUCCAUGCCCAAGAAACCCGUGACAGUUAGAAGAAACCUUUGGCGCGGGGAUUUCGACCAAAUGAGGGCUGAAAUUUCACGCAUUGAGUGGGAGCAUAUUCGAGGACUGGCAACGGUUCCGAGAAAUUCUGCACGAGCUGGUCGUAAACCACUGUCCGCUUUCACGGAAGAGGUUAGCUAACAGACCUCGAUGGCUUACGCAAGCCUUGAAGAAUGAAGUGAAUAAAAAACGAAGGUUGUGGAAAAAAUCGCUUUCUGACAGGAGCCCCACAUCUAUAUGCGCGUACAAAAUUCAAAGAAAUCGAUUCAAGGGCCUUAUCCUCAAAACUAGAAGGGAAUUCGAACGGGAUCUGCUUAACCGUUCCGCGGAGAACCCUAAAUUAUUCUACGGUUACAUUAAGCAGUGCACGCGGAACAAGGACCCAAUACCCCUGCUAAGGACUGUUGAAGGCGAACAUCUCACUGGCGACAGGGCGAAAGCUGAUCACCUUUCAGAAUUUUUCCGGUCUGUUUUUAGUAGAGAAACAGGAUUCAACCCUUCGGCCCCUCAAUCCUCCGAAGACACCCCAAUUAAAGAGACCGUUCAGUUCACUGAGGGUAUGGUUCUGACGGAGUUGCUGAGGCUAAAGGAAUCCAAAUCACCAGGUUCCGAUGAGAUUCCGGCGAAGAUUUUGAAGGAACUCGCCGGUGAGUUGUCUAAGCCACUCUCCAUAAUUUUCCAUACAUCCUUCGAGACCGGAUAUCUGUCACCCGCCGCUGUGCAAGGGCGGAAGUCGGGUCUCUGCGAACAAUUACAGACCUGUCAGCCUCACCUCCAUUUGCUGUAAGAUUAUGGAGAAGAUAAUAAAGUAACAAUGAAUGCAGUUCCUUGAACAAAACCAUUUGCUUUCCGAUUCUCGGCAUGGAUUCCGCAAAAGCAGAUCCUGUGUGACAAACCAGCUCUACUGUCUGGAACUCUGGCCUAGGGCUGUUGAUAGAGGAGAUAUGGUGCAUGUCAUCUAUAUCGACUUUUAAAAUGCCUUCGAUAGUGUGCCUCACCACAGCCUUCUAUACAAACUUAGUCGUGCACGAAUGCGAGGUAAGCUUCUGAUGUGGAUUCGGAGCUUUUUAACCGGCCGCUCUCAAGCCAUCCACGUCAGUGACCAGCAAUCUGCCGAGGUUGCCGUUUGGAGUGCUGUUCCCCAAGGCUCUGUUCUUGGCACUACACUGUUCCUCGUAUACGUCCAUGACUGCGCAAACGAACUGAAUUUCGAUGCCGCAAUGUUUGCCGAUGACAUAAAAAUGUGGAGUACGAUACGAAGUGAAGUUGACGAGGCGCGACUGCAGACAAAUCUGGACCACCUCGAGCAAUGGUCGAAAGACUGGCUUCUACCGUUCAACGUAAACAAGUGUAAUUGCCUACGCGUCGGCAGAACCAGUUUUCCUAACCACACGGUCUACCGUCUGACUGGCAAACCACUGCAAGAAGUCGACGCCCAGAAGGACUUGGGUGUAUGGAUCUCAACCUCGCUUAAGCCUUCGCUGCAAUGUUCAAGGGUGGCCAAGUCGGUGAUGUCCAUUCUAUACCUCGUAAAACGGGCGUUCUCCUCCUUUGAUGAAGACUGCUUCGCCAAGGUCUUUCAGACCUUCUUGCGACCGCAUCCGGAGUUUGCUAUUCAAGCAUGA